CACACCUCAGUGCAGAGGAAUUCAGUGUUUCCCAACCUCCUACAGAAAUUAUUGCUGCAAUCUGUGAUUUCCUGUAAGAAUGUGAGGCGGGGAGACAUGGACCGUGAAGCUGAGGGUCGGAUCAGAACCAGAACACCUGGUUCGGUUCAGAACCGAUCAGGUGGUUCUGUUUCCUGCAUCAGUGUUUCUCAGAUUCUGCAGAUUCCCGUCGUCAUGGCGUCCAGAACCAAAUGGGAUGCAGUGAAGGAGCAAGUAACCAAAGGUUCUGACGACGACCCGGACGGAUCGCUGGAGGCCAACCUGGAGAACGCCGACCCGGAGCUGUGCGUCCGCCUGCUUCAGGUUCCCACCGUGGUGAACUACUCGGGUCUGCGGCGGCGCCUGGAGAAGAGCGACAAGUCGUGGAUGGUCCAGUUCCUGGAGCUGCAGGGUUUGGACCUGCUGAUGGCGGCGCUGGAGCGGCUGUCGGGCCGCGGCUGCGCCCGCAUCCCCGACGCACUGCUGCAGCUCACCUGCGUGUCGUGCAUCCGCAGCGUCAUGAACUCGUCCGCCGGACUCGACUUCAUCCUGGACAACGAGGAGGGAUACAUCCGGACCCUGGCCCAGGCGCUGGACACGUCCAACGUGAUGGUGAAGAUGCAGGUGUUUGAGCUGCUGGCGGCGCUCGCCCUCUUCGACCCCCAGGGCCGCCACCUGACCCUGGACGCCUUCGAGAACUACAAGGUUCUGAAGAAGCAGCAGUAUCGCUUCAGCGUCAUCAUGAACGAACUGCAGGCCACUGACUGCGUCCCCUACAUGGUCACCAUGAUGGCCGCCAUCAACGUCCUCAUCCUGGGACAGGAAGACCUGCGCAAGAGACACCGACUGAGACACGAGUUCAUUGGGCUGCAGCUGCUGGAUCUGCUCCCCAAGUUGAGAGAGACGGAGGACAUGGACCUCAACGUCCAGUGCGAUGCGUUCGUAGACUCCAUGGCGGACGACGAAGAAGAGAUGGAGCGACUGUACGGCGGGAUCGACAUGAGCAAUCACCAGGAAGUCUUCAGUUCGCUCUUCACCAAGGUGUCCAGCUGUCCGUCCUCAGUCCAGCUGCUUUCCAUCCUUCAGGCCUUGUCGAUGCUGGACCCAAAGAGAAACGACAUCUGGCUGGCUCUGGAGGUGCUGACCGAUCGAGCCACGUUGCUGGCCCAGAACACUGAUUUAGGCCCCGGUGAUUCGCUGCUGGAUAGGCUCCUCCCCCAAAAAUAUCUGUCAUCCAAUAAGAAGGUCAGAACGGUGGACAGGGCGGUGCAGACCCCAACGCUCAGCUACCCUCCUGGCCAAUUAGAGCUGUUGGCAGAGAAACAGGCUCCGCCCCCUGGAGCUGGUUGUCCUCCACCUCCACCACCUUUACCAGCCAAUGGAGUUCCACUUCUUCUGCUUCCUCCUCCUCCACCUCCUCUUCCACCUCUUCUAUCUCCUCCUGCUCCACCUUUACCAGGCUUUGGAGCUCCGCCUCCACCACCUCCACCGCCUCCACCUUUACCAGGCUUUGGAGCUCCACCUCCACCGCCUCCACCUUUACCUGGCAUGGGGAUCCCACCACCUCCACCACUACCAGGCACUGGACCUCCACCACCUCCACCUUUACCUGGCAUGGGGAUCCCACCACCUCCACCAAUGGAAAUGAUCGCCGCUCGUUCGGUCCAGACUUUAGGCAGCGCCUAUUCUAGCCCCGCCCACCACUCAAGCCCUGCCCCCUGCCCCACCCUGCGGAUGAAGAAGCUGAACUGGCAGAAACUCCCGUCCAGAGUGGUAACUGAUCAUCAGUCUCUCUGGACGUCGUCAUCGUCAGAAUCGGUGGAACCAGAUUACUGCAGCAUCGAGCAGCUCUUCAGUCUGCCUCCAACUGAAACCAAAACCAGAACCAAGACCAGAACGGAGUCCAAAGAGAUUUCCUUCAUUGACCCCAAGAAAAGCCUGAACCUCAACAUCUUCCUGAAGCAGUUCAGAUGUUCCCAUGAGGAGUUUGUGUCUCUGAUCCAGAACGGAGACCGAUCCAAGUUCGAUGUGGAAAUCCUCAAACAGCUGAUCAAACUGCUUCCAGAGAAACACGAGAUAGAAAACCUGAAGUCCAACCAGGAAGACAGAGACAAGAUGGCGUCAGUGGAUCAGUUUUACCUGCAGCUGCUGAACGUGCCCAGCUACGCGCUGCGGAUCGAGUGCAUGCUGCUGUGUGAAGAGAGCAGCUGUGUGUUGGAGACUCUGAAACCCAAAGCUGAACUUCUGGACCGGGCCUGCCAAAGUGUCAGGGAAAGCUCCCGGCUGCCCAGCUUCUGCAAACUCAUCCUCAGCGUCGGGAACUUCCUCAACUACGGAACUCACACUGGGAACGCUGACGGCUUUAAAAUCGGCACUUUGCUCCGAUUGACUGAAACUAAAGCCAACAAGUCCAGGAUCACGCUGCUGCACCACAUCCUGGAGGAGGUGGAGGAGGCCCGCAACAUGAUUGAUCAGGUGUUUGGCGUCCUUGACUCUCCAGAGUACAGUGGCGCAACCACAGGAGUCUAUAGACCUGUCAUACAUGAAGGCAAAGAUGAGCACCGUACCCUGCCUGGUGAUGGUACCAGUGUGGACCUAUUGCAUGGUUUUAUCCCAGCAACUGUCAGUGCCCCCCCAACAGGUCCCAUGCAGGUUCAGAUUCACGCAGCCGAUCUUGAAGGACCUAAAUGGGUUUCUCGAUGGGCCAGUCUGGCAGACAGCUAUGCUGAACCUGGUUCUACUCCUCCUCAAGGGGAAUGUCUUGAAGAUUUGCGCUACAUGAACCAGUCAGUGGGAAGCUACAGCUAUGACACCUCAGAGUCAGAGACGAGCCACAGCUCCAGGACCAGAAGGCUGCUGCCUCAGGUUCCUCCAGAGAAGGUGGAAAGUGUCACUCCAAGCAUCCUGAUACGGCAUGAAUCCUACCAAGGUCAUAAAUCUGUGGAUAGAGUUUAUGUUCCUCCCUGUUCCCAAGACUCCACCCAGCGCCUAACCGUUCAGGAUGACGUGGACCCAGACAGUCUCAGCGAUGCCAGUCGCUCUGAGGAUGGACCCGCUCUGGUUAAUGCAAAGAAAAUUGAUGUAAUUACCGGAAACGUGUCCCCAGUUGCUCCUGGCUAUCAGUUUAAAGUUCAGGAGAAAGUUUCUCCAACCAACAAAUCCACCUUCUUCUACAUUGGUGCCGAGGAUCAUCCAGGCAAGCCUGAACAGGCCAGAAGCCCCGUACAGGGUGAGAGGACUCGAGACCCUCCGGCUAAAACUCCUCCAACAACAGUCUUGAUCCGUCACUUGAGUGGACAUGAACCCAGAAGGACAGGCGUCAAACCCAACAACUCUGCUCCAAACCUCCAAACGCAAGACAAAGACUCUGUUCCUACAAAGGACAGCUGUAUCGUUCGUCAAGAAAGUUUCACCAAAGACCAACCCAGUGACACAGUCCAGAUGAAGAAGCUUCCCCACAUCUCCAGCCACCCUUCCAUUAGAGAUAUGGAACAGAGCAUCCAGGAAACACAGCCCUUCCUUCAGGAGACAGAGGGUGCGCUGUCCUCUCUGGACACCAAGGUUCCUUCUUCUGGUUCUGGUCGUAGCUCAAAGAAAGAGGGCUCCUCCACCCACAUGGAUGAUUCUCUCUCUGGUGAGUCAGAUGUGGAUACAGCUAGCACCGUGAGUCAGGUGAGUAGCAAAAAUGCUCCUGUUAGCUCCACAUCUAAAAAGCGACCUGCCAUAAGCAGUUUUCAAAAGGAGAAGUCCUCUUCUAGCCCAUCUAUCCAAGAAAAGGGUCGACAGCUAAGUGCUCGAGAGCGGCUUUCUGAGAAACGACGCACACAGACAACUGACGUACCAAGCAAGGCAGAGGCAACGAAGCGUUUCCAGAUGCGCCGCAGUACAGGAAACCGUGGUUCUCUGGAUUUAUCCGAAGGUCAACAAGGUACUGCACCUAACUGGACUGAAACUACUUCAUCUGAUCACGAAAUCUCACAUCCAUCCAGCCGUACCAAGAAAGUUAUUGCCCCUCUACAGAAGGAGGACAAUGGAAAGACACCUAAGUCAGCAGCUCAACAGGUUUUAACUCGUUCCAACAGCCUGUCAGCACCAAGACCAACUCGAGCCUCCAUGCUACGACGCGCUCGCCUCGGUGACGCCUCAGACAACGAGGGCACAGAGACCGAUCGGACCUCCCAGAACUCUGAUCACAUUUCUGCACCCCCUAAGGUCUCCGCUGAAGGUAAGAAGCUGUCCAGACUGGACAUCUUGGCGAUGCCCAGGAAGAGAACCGGCUCAUUUACGACUCCAAGUGACAACGAGUCCUCGACAAGUCGGUCUGGCUUCUCCGGUCGCAACAGUGAGCCAGCUGUCACAGCAAGGAAGACGUCUGUUGGUGAUGCUCGCCAGGCAGCCAGUAAAGGGGGCGGAGCUCCGGUGAAGCAAACAGUGUCACGUACCCGAUCAAGCGGAGUGAAGCAUCCCAGCGGCGGGUCGCGUCGCAAACAGAAGGGCUCAGACUUCUCGUCUUCCUCUGAGGAAGAAUACGACACAAACACUGGCUUCUCCAAAGCAAAGCGAUCCUCCCAUUCAACGACCGCUGGCCAAUCACAGCGCAGCCAGAGGACAGCCGCCAGCAGAACCAAGUCUGUCUCCCUGGAAACCGAGGAGGACGAGGACCAGAACGACAUCGACCCGUACCAGAACUGGUCCACUCACAGCGCUGAGAUCGCCAAGCUCAGUCAGGACCUGGCCAAAGAUCUGGCCAUCUUGGCGAAGGAGAUCCAUGACGUCGCUGGGGAUGGGGAUCCUCCACCCACCGCCACCUCCCCUAGCUCACUCCCCAACACGCCAGGCUCCAACAUCUCUGCCCGGGAGGAGGUUGAUCUGCAGGAGCUUCAUUCUGCUUCAGACUCUUACAACCUUUCAUAUGUUUGUUCUUCUGCAAAGACGCCAUGUGUUGCAUAUCUCCACGGGGUUCGACCGGCUCAGCUGGUCCAUCGUAUUCCUGAGGCCAGCUUAAACUUCCAGAAGGUUCCUCCAGGUUCUGCGGCCAUCUUGGACCUGGACGCUAAUAUGAAUGAGGCAGAGCCCACUUCUUUGCAACGCCGUCCGUGGAACCGUGAAGAGGUGAUCCUGGACAACCUGAUGCUGAACCCGGUUUCCCAGCUGUCCCAGGCCAUCCGGGAAAACACCGAGCAGCUGGCCGAGAAGAUGAAGGUUUUGUUCCAGAACAAAGCAGAUGUAUGGGAGGAGAUCGAGGCCAAGAUCAACACCGAGAAUGAAGUUCCCAUUUUAAAAACCUCCAACAAGGAAAUUACCUCCAUUUUGAAGGAACUGAGACGAGUCCAAAGGCAGCUGGAAGUCAUAAACACCAUCGUGGAGCCCGGUGGGAGUCUUCAGGCGGCCGCCAUCACAACGCCGUCUCUGACUCAAACUCGCCAAACCACGAAGGAGAAGAAACCCGCUACCAGAACCCGAACCUCCAACGCCAACGAAAGCACCAAGCGACCGCCUCGUGGGCCUGAUGGGUCCCACCACGCGCCCUGAGCAGGCAGCCGUAGCACAUCGGGACAGACGUCGUGCAUCCACGCCACUGCGGUGUGAGCCGGAGCCGGAGUCCCUCUGGGCGCUGUGUUUGGACCGGCGGUGGUGUGGAUGCACUGGACCUGUCCAGAACAAACCGCCCAUCUGUGCCCAGUGAUUUCAUCAGAACAUCGUGAUUGGCCACAGUGUAUCUUCGUAGAGCUGCUUUCUCGUCGCACAAGCUCAACCAAACUUAGUCAACGCUACAGAAUCAAGCAGCUGCUCUCACCACGGCGUUCUGCGGACAGAACUGUACAGAACUGUAUUAAUAACUUUGUGCUUUGACGAACUGUUGUGUUGCAUUUGAACAGAGGAUAGAAACGUCCUUAUAGCAUUCUGUGUAUCUUUAUAAGGCAAAAGUUUUACCUUUCUGCCCGUCAGAUGGGUCCCACUCUGCUUCCACGCUUCAUGGACCGGGUCCAGUAGAACACCUGCUGAAUGUUUCUCAGUUCUGCUGCCUGACCGACGACAGCCAGGCUCUCCGCCUGCUCCGCCUCGCUGGGAUUGUGCUGCUUCUGCUGAAUGUUGCGAGAGCUGAAUGUGGGAGAGACUCUGUGAAAUAACUGGAAUGUCUGCAUGAGAGAAAGCUUAACGAUUCCGACUGGUCCUCGAACGCAUCGCCUCUCUACAGGAAUGAAUCAGUCCGACAGUUGAAAAGUAAAGCUUAUUAAAAAGACUUGAGAACAAACAAGAUUUCUUAAAGUGUAACUGACCCCCCUGUGGAAGCAAAGCCCGCCCCCAAAAAAUCUCUAAAUUCCAAAGUGGGCGGAGCCAGAACCCCCUUGGGGGCGUGGCUAAGCGUGUGAAUUAGCAGAGAGGGUAAAGCUGGGCUGUGGUCCUGUUGUUAGCUUAGUAACAGUUGCUAUAGGUAGCGACUUUUUAAAAAAAAAAAAAAAACAGUGACUAGCGACAAAUUUAACGCCUUUUCCCCCAGAAAAUCAACUGACAAAUCUAGCAACUUUUUUCAAAAAAAGUUACUAGCUUCAAAUCUAGCCACUUUUUUCCCUCUUUACAGCAACUAGCGGCUUUUUCUUCUUUAUUGGAGACUUUCAUUGCGACGUGUGAAAAACCAGCCGCUGUCAAAGUGAGAUGGUUUUAUGGUUUUAUCCCUGAACGCAGGGCUGUGUGACAGACAUGAACCAAGCUGGAAGCAAAAUGAAAAUUCAUCUGCAGUACCCCAAUUUCAACCAUAAGAGGGCAGCACUGAAACGGCUCUAGGCUAAAUAUUGCAGAAUUAAACAAAUUUACACUAAAAUGUCAUAUUUCACACAGAAACAUAAAGUUAUCAACCUUAAGGACAAAAUUAAAUGGAAACAGUUGAUUACGGGUUUAGUUCCUCUCUAUUUAUGGGUUUAGAUGAAUUCGCCUGGUUCAGUGAGAGCUGUUGGGUUGUUUCCAACUCCCAGGUCUAAGUAGAAACUAAUGUCCGCGGCAGUUUUAAUGAAGUGCUCUAUGACAGAGUAUUUAGAGCUUUAGGUCGUGGGAGGGUCGAUGGAAGGUGACGUGGUGUGAGUGGGUCUCUGCGUGUCCGCUAGCUGCUAGCUGUUAGCUGCUAGCUGUGCUGUUGUCGCUGUGUGCUGGGCUAAUGUUUGUGUUUUUUCUCCGUCUUUGUGUUAAAGCAGCUGAGACGUUCGUAUGUACAGACAGUGAAAUGAUCCGGUUCAUUUCCAGAUAAAUGAACGAAGCUGUUAACUCUCGGCUUAAUUAGCCUAGCUUAGCAUAACGGCGGGAAUGCAAACUGACCCUGUGCUUGGCUUUCAUUCACUUUCAAACAAACUUUUACUUUCCUAUCCAAGUGGCUUCAUGGUGUAACCAAAAAAUAAUAAUAUUGUUUUAUUUAGUGAAACAAUAAUUCAGUAGAAGCUGAUGUUUACUGGUUUAUUUUUAUCUGCAGUUUCUGAGACUCAGUGAUUGAUUUUGUGUUUAUUAUUGCUGUUUACUGCUGCUGCAUUUUUUAGCCAAAAACUAACAGAAAUAAUCUGGGUUGUUUAUCCUAUCAUAAGAGUAGAAAAUUGAGGUUAAUUAUUAAAAGUAAUAUGAUGUUGAUUCAAUUAUAUUAUGUCAUAGUUUAAAACCAAAUCUUUAGUUAGCAAGCUAAAUAUUUACUAAUAAUAGUUUUAAAGUAAAUAUUGAGUUUGGAACUAAAUAUUACAAAAUUAAAUAUUUAGUUAGCAAGAUAAAUAUUUAGCUUGCUAACUAAAUAGUUUGAAACUGACAUUUAAACACUUAUGAAUAAAAUUGUGAGAAUAUGACUGAGCAUUUAGCCCCCGUCUUCUUGUCUUAUGUCAGGUUAAAUAAUCCAAAUUAUUUCUAACUUUUUGUUGUCUCAUAGUUGUAAUCUGACGUUUCUGUGUUUACUGACGUAGACAGGCAUCCGUUUCCACCGUUAGCGCUAAGCUAGGCUAACUCCACUAUGGUGAUUGUUCUGUACAAAACCACGAUUCAAUCUCCAGCAGAGAUGAAGGAUUCUCUAUGGAAACCUAUAAAAACCACUUUAGAGAAAUAAAAUGCUAUCUGGCUUGCCAUAGUUAUGACUUUGAAAGUUUUGAUUUUUACUUUGAAGUUUAAAUAUUUGAUAUAAAGUUUCAGAAUUUAGACUUUUAAUGUUAGAAUUAAAGUCUAAAUUAGGACUUUGAAUCUUAUGACAACUUCAAAAGUAACAACCAUUACUUUGUUCAUAUCAUGACUGAAAGUCUAAAUUUUUACACUAGUGCUCAUAUUCCUAACUUUGUAUCUGAUAUUUAUAUCCAAUUAUUAUAAUUUAAUUUUUUUUAACUUUCUAUCACAGUUAUGUCUUUAAAGUCAUAUUUCUGAUUUUGCAUCCUAUAAAAAGUCUAAAUUAAUUUCUACUUCCAAAGUCAUAUUUAUAAGUCAUGAUCCACCCUGCCAUUAUUCCUUCCUCUCUAGUGGCACAUAUGGGCCUCCGUAGUUUCACUGACCUGUGGACUUGAAGUGUUGGGCUGGAGAAACCAGAUAUGGCAAACCUUUAUCAUAAAGUGCAUGUUUCCUGUAGCUUGAGGCAGGUGAGGUUUUGAUGCUAAAUCACCAAAUGUGCACUUUUUCCAUCGGAUGAACAAACACCCGGAGGAAACGGGUGGAGCUUUUAUUUAUCCUUCAUGCUGAUUGUUUGGAGAAUGUUUUAUUUGACCAUUUUACGCAAUCCUGACUGGGCGGUGCUGCGAUGAUGUAACAGCUGCUGCUGCAGCUGAUUGGUGGUCUGGCCUCCAUGCGCUCUGUGUUUUGUUGCAGUGCAUGCAGCUGAGUAGGAACAGCAAACAUCUGCUCUGUUUCUCAUUUUUUAUGCAUCUGAUCAGAUUAUGGUGCUGCAGACGGACUUGCGUAACUAACAAAUGUUUCUUAUUUUCCAAGGAUUUCCACACAUCUGAACUCUUUUGUUUAUCAUCGUUUCUUUGUAUCAUUCGGUCAUUUGUAAUAAACUGACUCCAUGCACUCUG